UUCUAGCUGAAUGUCAGGACAAUGGCACUUGUGUCAGUCAACAGUGAAUCUUAAUUUUUCUUAUUUUUUAAUGUUGAUAGUUUCCUAUUUUUACUAUUGUUAUCACAAGGACAGUAGGGUAUCCCAGCACUUGAAUGUUGGCUUUAUUUCCAGUUGGGUGGAGUUUGCAUGCUCUCCCUGUGCUCAUUUUCCCUUGACAAUUCUGUCACAUUGACUGGCCUGGUGAGGACUGUGUGACCAAUAGAAUGCCCUGUGGACUGACAUUUUGUCCAGUGACGGUUCUUUUCUUGCAUCCUGUUUUAGAGGCACAUGAAACAAGAAUAUGUUGCAUCCAUCAAGGUUAGCCAGACUCCACUUCACAUAACUGUUAAAGUGGGAGAUUCAGUGGAAAUGAUGUGUUCCUGGGAAACCUCACAAAUUAUUUCAAGAAUUCAAGUAGAAUGGAAUAAGAACAACGUUUCACAUGUUAUAUCCAAAAAGACUUAUUUAAACACAACAGUGAUUGAGGUAGUAAACAGGACUACUCUCAAAAUUGUAAACACAUCAGCUACUUUACAAAUCUCCAACACUGAAAGAAAUGAUGUGGGAAAAUACUACUGCAUCCUAAUUAGUGAUAUACCACUUCUCAAAAAAGAAAUUGGUAAUGGAACUCAGUUAGACAUUACAGAAGAUGUGGCAAAGAGCAAUACUGCAGAAAGCAGCUACAUCACAACACCUACUGCAGUUUUAUUACUGCUGCUGUUGGUAUUAAUCAUUGUAACCCUGGUGUACCGAAGAAGAAGAAAGCUGACUUCAACAAGGCCAGGACACGACCAGGCUCUGGACAUUGAGCUAGAAGACAUUGAAUCACCUUACGAAGAAGUGAGGGACAAUUCCUUAUCAUCUCGGGGAUCAACACAAUGGGCCACGUCUAUGGUUUAUGAAUCUUUUGAUUAUUUUGCCGUGAAGGACAAAGAAGAUGCAGCCGACAUGCACAAGGAGAGCUAAUACAUUUCUGCUGUCCAGUUGGAUGUUAACUUUACAUGUGACAAUACUACUGGUACUACUGUUUGAAAUUUGCAAGCAAGGAAAAUCAGAAUCGCAUUUAUCAGCCAAGUAUGCUUACAUAAAAGGAAUUUUACCUUUUUUAUAGUUAUACGACAAACUUACACAUGAUUGAUCAGUACACCCUGCAAUAAAUACAAGACAAAGAAUGUAAAGGUAUGCAUACAAAGUGCAAGGCAGUGCAAGAAAUACUGAAAUAAAUACUGAAUUGAGCAUUAGCUAUAUGUAAGAAUCUGUAAGACUUUAGUGAGUGCCAAAUACCCGAGCAAGGGCAGCUGAAUUAACAACUUGUGAGCUCGUUGGCCUCUGGAAAGAAACUAUUCUUAUAUCUGCUUGUUUUUCCGUAGCUUGGUCUCUAAUGCCUGGCAGAUGGGAGAAGAUCAAAGAGGUUGUGGCUUGAAUGUGAGGGGUCAGUGAUGAUUUUCCCUGCCCGCUUCAUGGUCAGGUCCUGUAACAUGGGAAAACUGCUGCCAAUGACCUUUUCAGCAGACCUGUCUAUUCGUUGUAGUCUGUUCUUGUCAUGUUUAGUGGCUGAUCCAAACCACACUGUAAUGGAUGAGCUGAGAACAGACUCGAUGAUUGCUGUGUCGAACUGGAACAGAAGUUCCUGUGGUAGAUUGAACUCCCUCUGCUGUCCCAGGAAGUACAUUGGCUGCUGUGCCUCUGUUUAUGAUGAAUCUUUGUUGGUCUUCCUUCUCAAGUCCCCGGUGAUUAUAGACCCCAGAAGCAUGUAGGGAUAUCAGAAACGUGAACUCCUUUAUCCAUUUUUUAACAGAUCUAGUGCACAUGUGCACAGAAGAAGAGGAAUUUUGUGUCAUACUAAAUGCACGACUUUAAAGGAAGAAAACAAAUAUAUAUGUAAAAGGAAUAAUAAUAAUUAUAAUAUAAAUAUUAGCAGCUGCAAUAUUUCAAGUGAAAAUGUCUUAUAACCCCUGAAUUUAUAUUUAUAACACCUCCUACUUCUCUAUUCCAUUGUCAUUAUUUGCUCUGUUCCAUUCAUCAAUUUACUGAUCACUCUUUUUACGCUUUAAAACAAAAUGCAAGAACAAACCGAAUUCUAAUCAAAAUGAAGACAAUCUAGCAAGUCCAAUAAUAUGUUACAAAGAGAAUCCAUGAAACUCCCCACCUGACUGAGAGAGCUCUAUAAUACUGUAGGAGAGCCCCACCUGAGGGGUUUCUUCAAUAAAAUAAAACAGCAAAUAAAAUAGAAAGAUUCCACACAAACCUAUUUUACAAUUACAUUAAUGGGUUCUUGCCAGAUUCUGAAAAACCUCUGAGUAGAACCUUAUAAAGAAAAGUUGAUUUUUUUUCCAAUCUGAGAUGAUUCAGAACAUCAGUUUCCCAUUGAGUUAUAAAGAGUGAAUUAGAAUUCUUCCAGUUGAGCAAAAUAAGUCUGUAUAACCAGUAUGGCAUAGGAGAGGACUGUCAGAUCAGAUAUCACUAUUCAAAUAUAAUUCAGAUAUAGUUAAAAAAAUUCUAAGCAACAGCU